CGGCCAGGGGACCACAACUAACCACCAAGAAUCCCCUCACACCACUCAUGCAAAUGACGGAGCCGCUAGUGACAAAGGCGGCGGCGAGAGCCGCGCGCGCACAGCCCGCUGAGUCGCGCGACCGCAAAUAUGACAAGCAUCUGAGCUAUUCUGCAACUUGGGGCCGGUUAGCCGGGCAGGCAGGGUCCCGGGGGGAAAUGGGGGGAGAGAAAAUCAGACCCCAAGGCGCGGCGUUCACGCUGCCAGCGGAGCUUUCGAGACAGGCGUUCCCGGAGGGCGGGGGCGGCGCUCCCGCAGCUGAGACCCUCUCCGAUGCCCCAGUCUCAGGACGCACGAGUGGCCCGCAGAGACGUCCGAAUGACAGGAUGGGUGGGGGCUCCAGCUGGAGCUGGGGACAGAAAAUUCCCUUUGCGUGCAGUGGCCUCAGCCCAACACUUGAAAUGGGUCACCAAGUCAAGAGUACCUUCGGAACAGGACGGAACCGAGUUGCAUCCUUCGUGGCAGGCCGCGGCCGUGGUGCAGACCCGGCAGCCGGCCGCCUACCCUGGCAGAGCCCACGCAGGGAAGGGUGCCCACUGGUGGCACAUGAGGUGAUUUUAAAAGGUAUCGAUACGAAGAGAACUGGCACUAAAGGAUCAUCUUUGGAGGGGGAAGGCACCAGCUAG